AUGCCAGAACGGCUACGGUCUACAGAGUUGCGAAGCGGCCACAGUGAAGAUGCUUCCAACGCAGGCUCUAAAGCUCUCACUACCACUGGGCCUCUUGAGAUGGACGAAUAUCCACCGAAGUCAAAAGUUCUCAUAAUUGUGUUUGCAAUGAUGGCCAGUGCCUUCCUCGUCGCAUUGGAUCGUCUCAUUAUAGCAACGGCCAUACCUGUCAUCACGAACCACUUUAACUCCCUCUCAGACGUGGGAUGGUAUGCCUCGGCGUAUCUAUUGACAAUGUCGGGCUUCCAACUCUUCAUCGGUCGGGUGUACACCUUCUACAACCCAAAGACUGUAUACAUCGCCUGCCUCGGUAUUUUCGAGCUAGGCUCGCUCAUCUGCGGAGCCGCUCCAAACUCUGCAACGCUUAUAGCUGGAAGAGCUAUUGCCGGACUCGGAAGUUCGGGCAUGUUCUCAGGCGCCAUUACAAUCAUUGUCUACCUCGUCCCGUUACAAAAGAGACCAGCAUACACGGGAAUGUUUGGCGCUAUCUUCGCAGUAGCCUCGGUCGCAGGACCGCUGUUGGGCGGCGUGUUUACGGACAAAGUCUCGUGGAGAUGGUGCUUCUACAUUAAUCUACCCAUUGGAGGAGCAAUGGCGGUUGUCUUAUUCUUCGUUCUCAAGCUCCCAGCGGCCGCCACCGAGCGUUCCAAAAUGACCCUAAAGGAACAACUGCGCCAACUCGACCCUAUCGGUACAGCCGUCUUUCUCCCUGCAAUCGUAUGCCUCCUCCUGGCGUUGCAGUGGGGCGGCACAACCUAUAACUGGUCGGACGCCCGAAUCAUCGUCCUCCUUGUCCUCAGCGGCGUUCUCUUCCUCACCUUCAUGUACCUGCAACACCUCUUCCAAGAGCACGCCACGGUUCCUCCCCGGAUCCUAAAGUACCGCGCUGUCAGUGCCGGUGUCUCCUACGCCUUCUUCGCUGGGGGUGGCAUGAUGGCACUAAUAUACUUCCUGCCAAUCUGGUUCCAAGCAAUCAAGGGUGCCUCGGCCGUCCAUUCAGGAAUCAUGAAUCUCCCCGCAGUCCUUGGAAUCACCGUCGCCAGUAUGGCAGCAGGUAUCCUCACACGCAAACUGGGAUACUUUACCCGGUGGAUGUACGCCUCCUUCGUACUGUCCUCGAUUGGUGCAGGAUUAAUAUCCACAUUCACGACGACUACGGCCCAUCCGAAAUGGAUCGGAUACCAAGUUCUAUGGGGCCUCGGGCUGGGGCUAGGGAUACAGCAGCCGUCGGUGGGCGCCCAAGUCUCCCUGCCGCGGAAGGACGUCGCGACCGGAGCAAGUAUGAUGUUCUUCGCUCAAGCUCUGGGUGGCUCGAUUUUCGUGUCCGUGGCGAACAAUAUCUUCGACAAUACCCUGUCGCAAGACCUUCGAAAGAUCCCAGGCCUUGACGCAAAGGUCGUCACGCACGUCGGCGCGACUGAUAUACGGAGUAUUGUGCCCCCUGACCUGCUGGAGCCGGUGCUCAUGGCCUACAACGACGCUCUACGAAAUGCAUUCUACGUCGUCGUCGCCGUUACCUGCGCCACCGUGUUUGGCGCUCUCGCCAUGCCGUGGAACAACCUGAAGAAAGUCGCCGCGGCGCAGGAAGCUGCAGCAAAGGCAGCCAGGGAGAAGGCCGGUUCCCAGGCAUCCGAUAGCAAGCCAGGAUCGACUGAGGGAGCUGACUCGUUGGUGCAGCAUUCUGAGGAGCGCCAGCCAAGGUCGAAAACAGAGGCGCCGGAGAAAAUGGUCGUGGAGGUAUAG